AUGUCUUAUAUAAUCCUGAAGAGUCGUGAAUGGAUGACAAUACUUUGUUGUGUUAAUGCUUCUGGGCAAAGCAUACCAGGCUUCUAUUUGUUCAAAGGGAAGAGGCAGUUACAAAAUUAUAUCUUGAAAUGUGAGCAAGGUGCUUGCAUGACAGCACAACAACAUGCCUGCGUGACCAAGGAAUAUUUCCUUAACUGGUUGCACCACUUCAAGCGCUCAGUUCUAGGGGGUGUAUCACCCAACAACAUACACUUUUUGAUAUUUGAUGGCCAUGGCAACCAUGUUGCACUGCCAACCAUCCAAGAGGAGAGGAUGCUAGGCAUAGACUUGCUCACAUUGCUGGCUCACACCUCUCACAAGUUGCAGCCGCUAGAUGUGAGUGUGUUCUCUCCAUUCAAGACCUACUUCAAGUCAGAAAGAGCUGCGUGGAUAGCAAGGUUCCCAAAUGUAGAAAUCAGGAGGGAAGGACUAGCAGAAAUAGGCAGCAAGUCUUUGGCCAAGGCAUUGACUAUUCCCAACAUUGUAGCAUGA